UUAAGGGUUCUCUAAGUGCGCAAGUACGUAAGUACGGUAGGGUGAGCUAGGUCGCUGCGGGGCACCAAGCAGCACUGCUAAUGCUGACGCUGUUGCUGUGGGGCCGCGCCGACCGCACCACCAGCGAGAUGCUCCUCCUCCUCCUCCUCCUCCUCUACCUAAGCACAGUAGCCUUCCCAGGUCGUUUCUUCAUACUCAGCCUGACGACCACACCGGGGGCGAAAGGGGGCACACAAGUACGCGCGCCGCACCUGGAGAUGACAAGGCGACGGGUGUAUCUUCGCUUACUCAUUUUUGUCGGCUUGGAACCAGGCGUCCUCUCCAGCACGAUUGGAGCAGAACAUCCUGUCCGCACAUCAAAUUACAAAUUCGCCAUGCUCUUGAGCCCCCCUCCCCCCCACAGUCCGCUUCCACUGACUUGCGGAGCUAUGUCUCCCUCAGCUCCGGAGCUAACGGGGUUAGCACGCCAGAUCUCCAGUUUCGCAGGCCCAAGCGGCACAUCCCCCACACACGCAGUUCUUCGAGACAUCGCAGGCGGACAUGUUCGUCUCCAAUUCUGUACAUUCAAACUCAAGGCUGCGCCUUGUACGGGGGUAUAUAUGUGGAAAUGGGGAAAAAAAGAAAAAUGCAUCUCUAGGCAGGUAUUCCUCCUGCCAUGGCUGCGCAAAGUGCCAAUAUGCCCAAAUGAGCAGUAAGACUUGGAAGCUUACCGGGCUCAAAAAGUAGAGCCCCGGCCUGAACAGAAAUAAGUGUUUGAAGUCGUUUGCCAAAAUCGUGCCACUCCAAAUCGUCACCAUC